AUGGAGAGUUUAAAUGAAACAUCUGCAGACAGAUUCAUCCUCCUUGGCCUCACCAAUACCCCAUACCUACAGGAGUUAUGUGUCUUUGUGUUUUUGAUAAUGUAUUUAGUCACAAUAGCUGGAAACUUAUUUUUUAUCAUUGUGGUGGGGACCAGUGUUCAGCUGCAGACGCCCAUGUACUUUUUCCUGUGCAACCUCUCUGUCAUUGAUAUCGGCUUCUCCUCCACCAUUGUGCCGACACUCUUAAUCAAUUCUGUCGCUCGGGACAAAAGUAUUUCUCUCUUAGGAUGUGGCGUGCAGAUGUUCUUUCAUUUAGCUCUAGGAUCCACUGAGUGUUUCAUUCUUUCUGUUAUGGCCUAUGAUAGGUACGCAGCCAUCUGUCAACCUUUACACUACUAUAAAGUUAUGAGUAAAACAGUGUGCAUCUGCUUAGCUUCUGGAUCAUGGACCGUCUCACUGAUCAACUCUGCCAUUCAUGUGGUCUUUACUUUCCAGCUGCCCUUCUGCAGGUCCAACCAUAUCAACCAUUUCUUCUGUGAGAUGCCACCUUUUUUCUAUAUUUCUUGCAGAGACACUUGGUUUAACGAGGUGGCCAUGUACAUCUCUGCUAGUAUAAUUGGCUUAUGCUCCUUCUUUUUGACUCUUAUUUCAUAUGUUUCUAUUGUUUUGACAAUUCUUAAGAUAUGCUCCACUAAAGAAAGAAUGAAAGCAUUCUCCACUUGUGGGUCCCAUCUCACAGUGGUCUCUCUGUACUAUGGUACACUCACGUUUAUGUAUUUUCAUCCUCGCUCAGACUGUUUUCCAGAAACAGCCAAAACAACAUCUCUUAUUUACACAGUUGUCACUCCCAUGCUAAAUCCCCUAAUCUAUAGUAUAAGGAACGAGGAAGUUCAAAACAGC